AUGACGAUCCAACAGAAUGUAUUCAACAACACCAACAUGGUGACGAAUCUGGAAACAUUGCUUGUUCACGAUGUGACGUCAGAUGAUGACAUGUUUGUGUUCCCAACUGAACCCUUCUUCAAUGCCAUGCCCAAACUAACAAGACUCGAUUUGUCAGGCAAUAAUCUACAACUGAUCAACAAAAAUACUUUUAGAAACUUUAACAAACUGGAAAACCUUUCUCUUGCAAGAAACCGUCUGAAUGACCUUCCGGAAGAAAUCCUGACAAUGGUUUGGCUCAAACAUUUGGAUGUGACAUCGAAUUCCCUCUCAGUCAUCAGUAAAUACCAACAGACCUUGCUUGAUGACAUCGUUGUAAAUAACGGCUCCUACUACCUCUACAUGGCAGACAACAUCUUCAGCUGCAGCUGUGGAACCCUUCACUUCAUACAGUGGUUACAAGAAACUGAUGUCUCUUUAGAUGACCAUGGCAACUACAGUUGUAUCCUUGGUGAUGGAACGUUAUCUGAUACAGCUUCCUUUUAUGCCAGAAGGACAUUCCAUUGGAGAACAUGUGUUGGUCAGUUCUGGUUUGCUGUGGGAGUAGUUGGAAACCUGAUUGCGCUGUUGUCAUUGCUUGUAGCCUUUCUCUUCAAGAAAUAUUUCCCCAAAAUAGAGCACCAUUUGUUACAGGUGCUUGGUUAUAACCCCGGACGCCGACCAGAAAGAGAGGAUUUUGAUUAUGACGCCUACAUAUGCUAUGAAAGUGCUGAGUACGAUUGGCCUUGCCACCGUCUGUUCAAGGAGCUCCCUCUAGUCUUCCCAGGUAUACGACUGUACCUGCCCGAUCUACAUGACCCUGUAGGAUGUUCCCAGGCAGAAGUGACCAUUGAUGCAUUGUCGAGAAGCUGGAAAAUUGUUAUUGUGCUAACAGAGAACUUUCUGAAGGACGAGUGGAUUCACUUUACUGUCCUGUCCACUGUGAGACUAAUGUCCGUGAACAACGCAAUAUCAGACCGAGUGCUGCUUCUGUACAGGGAUAUGUCCUUGGAAGCAAGAGCUCGGGUUCCUCAAUAUCUCCUCAACGUUGUUUCAGAGGAACAUAUUCUGGACAGCCCCCAUUUCUGGGCACAUCUGUGUCAGUGUAUCCUUAACGAUAAACCCACAGCCUUAUUCUAA